GGACCACGGGUAGCAACAUCCCAACAAGCUCGAUAUAAGAGGUUGUGCUCACAUUAUGCCCUCAUCUCCAUUGACGACGCGGGUAACUUGCACUUUGAGGCAUCCCCUUCCAUAUCCAGUAGCCGAGAGAGAAUAUUGUCCUCUGGGGUCAUGGAGGAAUUUUUGCAGGCGGUUGCACGAUCCAAACGCAGCCAAGCGGCUGUGCUGUGUAUGUUCGAUAUCAAAUUACUCCCUCCCCACUUCCCUUCGACAAGAUGGCUAACGACCAUUGGGCUAGAUGCACAAAGAUCAGAAGUGAAGCUGUUAGCACAGAGUCCCCCUUCUCUCCCCAAUGAAGACAGAGCCACUCAGUGCACGGGACCACAAACGGCUCAGCAGCCCUGGGAGCCCCCAUUUGCGGCAUCUACUCUAACGCCACUGCCGUGGUCCGCGGACCUAUUUCAUCGAUCUGAUAGUAAAACGGAAGCCUUGAAACAUGAGGUCAGAGCAUUGGAUGGAGAGGCAGAUCAUAGUUCUCGCAUUGCUAUAAUACCCCUUGGUAACAGUGCUCUUCUGCGCCAGUACUAUGCGAAGGUCUUCCACAAUCUACAACAAACAAACUGCCGCAUCAUCUCGAAGGUCUACAUAAAAUUGGUUGAACCCCGGAAGCAAGUCAAUUUUCCCUAUAACGGAAGAAAAACUCUGGCAGGGAUAACUCAACAAUUGGACCCCGAUGAGACCAAGCCGCCAUGGUGGCCGAAGGGGGUGAGCCACCGAGAGCCCGACCAUCUCCCCAAAGCUGAACGCAUCCAACUUUUAGUUCACAUUCUCUGUCAUUUGCGCACCAGCCAUGGAGUCACGGCGCGCCGACUACGACACGCAGAUCAGACCAUCCGACGGCAGAUCCUCCCAGCUACGCGUUUAGAGCUUCUCGAUGAAAUGUACAAUAUUAGAGAGAAGGAAGAAAUGCUAUUAGAUAGAGAAAUAGACAUGAAUGCCCAGGUUGUGAUCUCGCGAAUCAACCUUCCAGAUGAAUACAACGCUGCUAGUAUCACAACCCAACAACCCGAUACAAGCGGCUCUUCACACGCCCACAAUCCGAAGGUGGAAUUCAAGCGCCGAAACUCUUCACCAUAUGGCAAGCCUGCACCAGAUGUUGUACAGGACGUCUCUCCAAUCGCGUACGCAGCCUUCGAUAUACCUGACCACUUUACCCAAGAGAUCACGCCUGCCGGUCAAGCCGUACCUGCAUUGACUCCGGAUUCGUCAGAAGAUUUCCUUUGUACUCAAGGGAGCCUCCUUUCCGCUGGGCGCACUGUUCCUAUAGACCACUACGCUCCGGUAGACGCCAGCUUCCAAUCCACCAUACCAAUCCCGAGGCAGGUAACAUCGUACUUUCCUUAUCAAGGGGGAGAUGCCCAACUGGCAACCCAAUAUGCCAUGCAAACACUCGGCACUCCAAUGGAUUUCUAUGAGAACUGA